CAACAGCUUAAAACAUAAUACGCUAAAGGGGCAAGCAGGCAGCAGGCGGAGGGGCGAAAAGCGAAAGAGACUUAGAGGGAAAACAAAGGAAUGAUGAGAAAACGUUGUUGUAAUUAGUAAACGGAUGGCUGACAAGCAGCAGCACAGCAUGAAUCAUAAGUUGAGGCGGAAACGGAAGUGCACGCCCAAUAAAACUGACAGCCAACAGCAACAACUAUAGCUGCAACAACAGUAAGGAGUCGGGGACAACUAAAUGUUGCAGCAACAAUUGCAAAUGCCAAACAAAUUGCGAUCAUGUGUGACGUUGAGCAGGCGUUUAAGAGCAAUCAGAGCGACGACAAUGAUGACGAGCAACAGGAACUGGAGCAGGAGCAGCAGGAGCUCGACGAGCAGCUCAGUCAAGAGGCUGGCGUGAAGUCCAAUGGUCUGGUCAAACGUCACGCCUCCGAACGCUGCUUGGGUCAGCUGCUAAAGCUGCUGCUCUCUACUCCCGGUCUUGUUUUACUGGUUACAGGGUAUUCGGUGUUGGGUGCACUCAUUUUUCCUCUGCUAGAGGCACCACAGGAUCUGAGCAAAUCGGCGGCCAUUGCCAAGAGCCGCGAGGAUUGUUUACGCGAAUUGUGGAUCAUAACGGAAAAACUCAACGUGCUGUAUGAGCGGAAUUGGACGAUGCUGGUCCACGAGCAGCUACGCCGCUUCGAGGGUUCCAUUGUGGCUGCGACGCGUCCUGGUGGCGCAACUGGCGCUGUGGCAGGACCUGGUGCGAGUGCCAGCGCCAGUGCACUGGGUCACUUUGGCUACGAUGCUGGCGACACGCAGAGCUGGACCUUUAGCGAGGCUUUACUCUACUCGGUGACUGUGAUAACAACAAUUGGCCAUGGCAGCCUGACACCACGCACAGCAGCUGGCAAGCUGGCGACCAUUUUCUAUGCGCUCAUCGGGGUGCCUUUGAUGCUGAUGUGUUUGUCCAGUUUGGGAGCUCUGCUCGCUGAGGCGCUGCAGUGCACCUACAUGCGGCUUUGUUGCCAGCUGCAGCACCGUCGAAGUUCUGGAGUGGAAAAGAAUGCGACGCUUUCAACGACAACGACGACGGGCACAUUGACUAAGAGACGUCAUGGCGCUGGGAAUGGGGCGAACUGUAAAGGCUGCAGCAGCGAGACGAGCCUCUGCGAACGCUAUGAAUGUGGCCAAAGGACAGCGGCAACGACAGCGACUACGACAACAAUGAAGCGCAAGUUGUCGUUGGAACAAGGCGAAGAUGCCUGUCAAUUGUUGCGCAAUGCGAUGCCAAGCAAGUUGAAUCAGCAACAGCAGCAGCAGCAGCAGCAGUUUUACCAGCAGCAACAACAGCAGCCAGAUGUCAUGCUAAUGACAACAACAACAACUGGCAAUGCAUUGCUGAAAUAUGCACCGUUGCCACAACAACAAUCGCUGCAGCAGCAGCAACAACAGCAGCAGCAGAUACAGCAGCAGCAGCAUUACAUUAACGCAUCAGCAACACAGGCAUCACAGCAGCAGCAGCAGCAUUUAUCGACAACUUUGCCGCGACAACACCAGCAACAGCAGCAGCAGCCACCAAAUUUUGUCGCCGUGCCGAGCAGCAUGCUGCGUUUUACUGCUGCACCCACGAUGCCCUUGACUACAGCUGGGCCUCCAAAUUGCUAUGCUCCAGCCACGGCCACAAUUUACUUUCCAUUCGCGUCUGCUACGGGCAGCACAAGCAACUGCGCACAGCCGUUGGUCAAGUACCAUACGAUACACUUGCAGCCAGCUGCCAAGCAACAGCAUCGAUUGCUGAGCACUCUGGACGUCGCGCCAGCAGCUACGGCAGCGGCAGUCGACCUGACGGCAGCAACAUCUACACUGGAGGCCAUCACAUUGCCACCUCCACCGGCCUAUCAGACAGCCAAUAUGCAUGCCGUGCGACGGGCCAAAUUUGUGACGCAGCCGCUGGCACCAGAAAUCAAUGCGCUGUUGAGUGGGGGAUCGAGUGAUUUAUCCUGCAGGCAUGAUUUAUUGCCGCAUGCAUUAUCUGGAGCUGCCGCAGCAACAACAGCUACAGCAGCAGCAGCAGCAACAGGCGCUGCAUUGUUAACCUAUACGGCAGCAACAAGCAGCCCGCAACUGUCAGCCGGCAUUAAGCCAGCAGCAGCAACAAAUGCAACAAUGCCCGAUAACAGUUUUAUAGCCGCAGGUGUCUGUGGCGUUGGAGUCAAUGCAACAGCAACUGCAGCAACAGCAACAGCAACAGCAACAACAUCUCCAGCACUAGCAGCAACAUCGACGACAGCAACAACUACAGCAGCAGCAACAUUGUCGGCGCUGCUGAGCUCAGCUGGCAAUGUAGACAUUAUGGAAGACGAAGAUGAGCUGGAACGAGAGCGUUCCAGCAAUUGCCCGCAUGGCACACCGUCUCGUGUGCCUCUGAUAGCGAGUUCCGGUUGUGGCACGUUGAGUCUGCCCCACGAGCUGCCGCCAGCGGAGAAGUCAAGCGGCGGCUAUCAGGCGCGCGGUCUACUAAAUGCGACAGCGGCCAGUUUCAAUCGCCAUACGCUGCAGCCGCUGAAUCGCAAGACUCUGAUGCUGACGCGUCGCUGCCAGAAGCAUGCGACUGCGCUGUACGAUGCCACCGCCAACACGGAGACCUCCGAGGACGAGGAGUACAUGCAGCACGGCAGUGAACAGUUCGUGCUGAAGAAGCUUAAGCACAGCCGUCGCAAUGGCUCCCAUGAGUGUGUGGAGCACCAGCACCAGCAGCAGCAGCAGCAGCAUCAGCACCAACAGCAGGAGGACGAUGACGAUGAUGAUGAUUAUAAUGAGGAGUCGCAACGACAGGUGCCCAUUAGCUUGGUGCUCUUUAUACUGAUGUGCUACAUAUGCGUGGGCACCGUUAUCUUUGCUCUGUGGGAGAACUGGUCACUGGUGGAUGGCGCCUACUUUUGCUUUGUCACGCUCUCGACAAUUGGCUAUGGCGAUUUUGUGCCAGCGCGCAGCUUCAACGGACCCGAGCUGCAGCUGUACGCAUGCUGUGCGUAUCUGCUGUUGGGCCUCGUCCUAGUGGCCAUGUCCUUUAGCAUACUGGAGACGCAGCUCAUGUGGAAGUGCAAACGCAUUGCUGUGCGACUGAAGCUGACCAGCGAUUGAUCCAGCUGCGCCAACUCCCAUGUUGUGUAUAUGUGUAUGUGUG